GUCAGCGCAUUGUGCGCGCUUAAAUGUGCGCCAGCAUUUCAAGACGAUAGAGCAGCAGUCGGCAGACCCUCGCGAGCCCUAGGAUCCAGGCCAGAGGAAUAGCAACCCAAAAAAACAUGGAGGCGUCAAUGAGUCCUGAUCUGCCGCCAGUGGUGAAGAUUCCUACGUUGUACUCGGAUCCGUGGUACAUGAUAACCUUGCUGGCCAUCUAUCUGUACUUCGUCAUCAAAGCGGGUCCGCAUUUCAUGGAAUGGCGAAAGCCCUACGGGCUCAAGCGAGUGAUCUUGGCGCAUAAUCUGAUCCAGGUGGUGUGUUGCUUGUACGUCAUCAAGGAGGUCCUCCAUAUCACGGACAACACCAUCUAUUUCUUCUGGAUGUGCCGGAAUAUCAGUCCCGAGCACGUGCAACGCUACUACAGCCUGGCCUACUUCCUCUUUUGGCUAAAGCUGUCAGAGCUGCUGGAGACUGUGAUCUUCGUGCUGCGCAAGAAACAGAACCAGGUGUCGAAGCUGCACAUCUUCCACCACAUAUCCACGCUGACGCUGGUGUACAUGCUGAUCAACUUCAACGAGAAUGGCGACUCUGCUUACUUCUGCGUGUUCCUUAACUCGAUCGUCCACGUCAUUAUGUACUCAUAUUACUUCGUGGCGGCCGUGGCCGACAAGAGCGUGCUGGUGGCCCUGACGCCCGUUAAGAAGAGCAUCACGGUCAUCCAGAUGACGCAGUUCAGCCUCAUCCUGGCGCAGGUUCUAUGCCAGGCGGUAUUGUGCGGCUUACCGCUCAUCGUACUCGUGUACUUUACUACAGUCAUCGCGGGCAUGUUCUACGGCUUCUACAACUUCUACAACAGUGCCUACCAGGUCGCAAAGCGCCGCAAGAGCCUGUCAGCAGAAUCGGGGAAGUAAGCCCAUGUCCACAAAUCACGCAAUAAAAGAGCACCAACAAGUGUGCGUGUAUCCGAAUGUA